CGCCUGUGCGAGAAGCCAUUCCUCAGAUUAUCUCUCAGCCGGAGAGGAGCCCAGUGCGUUGACUGUCAAGUUACGUGCCGCAUUACAUCCAGCAUCUUCAUUUGAACGACUGACUUCCUGGUUCAGUGACCAUGCUCAGGGGAGAUUCACAUCCCUGCCGAAGCAAUGCUGACUAUCUCACGACGUCCCUUGAGCCUCCCAGCCUCUGAUAAUGUCAUUGCCAGCCAUUUGGUUCCGGUCACGGAGGUGGCUCAGGUCCCCGCAGCACGAUUCCCUUUGACUGUAGUGGACUGGCGGUCGGCAUCGCAAAUUCCUGCCCUGAUCCGACCGGUUGAUCACUACCCUAUGCUAAAGGCUAACAAGACUUACUGGCUGGUUAGGCUUACGGGCUCUUUGGGGGUAUCUCUCUGCUUAUGGAUGAUCCAGCAAGGAGCACAGAAUGUAAACCUUCCCGGGCACUCGAAGUCAGAUCAUUAGAGCUUCCACGGUACAUGUGGCCGGCCGGAAUUUUUCCCAUCGACCAAAUGCCCAUCACUGUGCAUGGAAAGCUCGACCACAAGGUACUAAAGACCAUGGAAUUACCCGUCGUUGAGCCGACUCAACAAGCUUCUACUGCACAUCUUACCGAGGUUCAGGCUCAGUUGGUCAAAUU